AUGAAUUUGCGGUUAUUUCUCCUGAUAACCGCGUUAAUCGUGACUGUGACAAGCUCCAUAUUGUCCCACAAUCUGCAUGGAGUUUUUGAUUGUCCGAAGAAUUGUGAAUGUGACAAUGAGUUGAAGAAGGUGGACUGUCAGCGAAGGGGACUCGGCUAUUUCCCCAGUGGUAAGUGAAGUCUUGGAUCUAAAAUUCGACUGUGUUAAGACUUGAGAUACUAAUUUUGGGUUACUGCCCUUUCGGGGUGGGCCCUUUCGGGGUGGGCUUUUCGGGGUCGCCCUUCCGGGGUGAGCCCUUUCGGGGUGGGGCCUUCCGGGGUGGGCCCUUUCGGGGUCAAGGCAAAUACUGGGGUUCCCGGGUCCCGGAGCAGAAAUAAUUAUAUUUUUUUAAACUACUGAUUAAUUUUAUGACGUAAUCUUGUAAAAUUUUUGAAAAAAAAAUGAUAAAACAAACACCGAGAUUGAAAAUGUUAAAAAUGACAUUUGAUAAAAGUUGGAAACAACCGACUCGUGGGGUGUGUCAACGGCGCUGAAUUCGAAAAUCACAUUCAUUUUUUGAGAUUUUUUCAAAAUUAAAGAUACAAUAUUUUUAUUGCAGAAAUUCUUGAUUGCAUUGCGCCGAAUCUGGCGUUCAAAGAAUUUAACUUUUUAACAUGCAUACAAGGAAACUUUUAUCAAAUGUCAUUUUUAACAUUUUCAAUCUCGGUGUUUGUUUUAUCAUUUUUUUUCAAAAAUUUUACAAGAUUACGUCAUAAAAUUAAUCAGUAGUUUCAAAAAAAUAAAAUUAUUUAUGCUCCGGGACCCGGAAACCCCAGUAUUUGCCUUGACCCCGAAAGGGCCCACCCCGGAAGGCCCCACCCCGAAAGGGCUCACCCCGGAAGGGCGACCCCGAAAAGCCCACCCCGAAAGGGCCCACCCCGAAAGGGCCUGCUUCCACUAAUUUUUAGGCGCAUUUGAAAACUGAAAAAUCUGGGCACCUGGUAUGAAGUAUAAUAUUGAAAAGGUCCUCUUGCAGCGUUUAAGUUUAUUUAUUUUGUGUUUCAGGCCUUCCUCGAGACGUAAAGAUCCUUGAUCUCCGUUACAACUCGAUCCGUCGCCUCAGCCGGUCGGAUCUUCGAGGUUUAAAUCAACUCGAGACUUUACUACUGGGUAAUAACCAGAUUUCCCAUCUGGAUGAGGACAUUCUCGACUAUCUCCCGUCUCUCCAACGUCUCUACCUUGGCCGCAAUCAACUCCGCAACCUUCCUCGUCUCACUUCUCACCAAUUCGGAGCCCUUUUAGUGAUCGAUGUGCAUGGAAAUAAACUCCAUCAUAUAAACAAAGACGCGUUCCGGGGAUUGAUUGGACUCGAGAGGUGCCACAUUGGACAUAAUUAUAUCCAAUACGCGGACUUUGAGAGGAUCUUCAGAGACUGUGAGAACCUAAAGAUCCUCCACUUGUCACAGAAUCCGUGGAAUUGUGAUUGUCGUGCCAGGACCAACGCCAGAUUCCUAAAACAUCAAAAGGAGGACAUUGAGGGAGAUUCCCCGGCCAAAUGUUAUAAUCCCGCGCAUAAAAGAGGCGGGACUUUGAGGUUAUUGGACGAGGAACAACUCAAAUGUUUUGAUGUGGAGGCGACAAAGGUGGGAAAUGGGUUUAUUGUGGACUGCGAUGUGAAUGAAAAGGCCAUUAAAACGCAUUAUUUGUACAAGUAAGUAUAGAGGAACCUUAAUCUAAUCUACAUUUUUUCCAUGAUGAUUUUAUGCCAAAAUUUUAAUAAUCUUACAAUGAAUUUUGCUGGAAUAGUAAUCUAUUUUUUUGAGACUUCCUGUAAUUUUCACCUCAUUUCAGCGGCCAUCAUCUCGACAUAACGACUGUCGGAGCCUUUGAACUCCUUGAAAAUGGAUCCUUGGCCAUUUAUCAGCCCGAUUUCCACUUUCAUAGACUCGAAUGUGCCGUGGAUUAUGUGAUUGGAGUGUCUCGACAAGCCCGUCAUCUUUCUGAUCAUAAUCGGAGUAAAUAUGGAAAGCCUCGAUUUACUUAUCAAUCCUUCCAAAAAAGGAGCUUCCGCGAAGGAUCCACGGCCUCACUGUCAUGCGAAGUGAGUCCUGAAACCCCGGCGAACGUCUUCUGGACCUUUAAUGGGAAGAGAUUGAGUCCCUCGAGGAAGCAUCAGAUCACAAACAAUGGCCAAUCUCUCGACGUUUAUCCAUUUUUGGAACAUGACGUGGGAGAGUAAGGAUAAUAUAAAUUUUAUGUCAUAAUUUUACUUUUAAGGGUCAAAAACUAUAAGCUUAUAAUUUUAGGUAUGAAUGCACGGCCUACAAUCAAUAUGGCUCAGUCAGUCAUCGCGGAAGAGUGGGAAUCAUCAGUUCCAGUCCCCCUGUUAUCCACACUGGUCCCAUGAAUCAAAAAGCAAGACCAGGACAGACCGUGAGGUUCACUUGUGAGGCUACUGGCAACCCAAAACCGUUUAUUACUUGGUCCUUCGAGGGCAGCGAAAUUCCACUGUUCAAGGGGCAUUACGAAGUAAGGAGGGGAAGAGUUGACUCAUAAGAGAAAAGUUGUUCCAAAGAGAAGCAAGCAUAUGAUUUUUUUAGCUACAUGCAUUGCUUGCCAUGUAAGAGCAGUUUCUUACUUGUUUUGCAAAUUUACAUGAUGACUUUAAAGCGGGGGAGACUUUACAUAUUAGUUUGGAGGGAAACACUUGAUACAUUCCUAAUUUCCCUUUUCCAGACCAAUCCAGAUGGAUCGGAGCUCAAGAUCACGGCUGUUGGUCGAGCUGACCAUGGCACCUACACUUGUAUGGCCGGGAAUGCUGUGGGAUCGAUGACAGCAUCUGCCAAAUUAACCAUCGAAUGGUCUCAGUUGGAUUAUGUGGACAAAAACAUUGAUCGCGCAUUGCUCGAAACAAUUGUUUCAGAGGCCAAGAGCAAUAUUGAAGAGUAAGUGUUUGUCUAUUCGAUCAAAAAUGAUCUAAAAACAGAGAUUUCAUAUAAAUUUUGUAACUUUAGAGCCGAACAAAAGACUCGAAGCGAUUUGCGUUCGAAUAUCAACGACCCGAAACAGUUGAUGCGGCAUUUCACAUUCGCCAUCAAACGACCGGUCGAGUUGACGAGAGCGCGUGAGAUUUACGAGCAAUCGUUGAGGCUGAUCGAGAAGCACGUGGAGCAAGGUCUGGCUUUCAAGCCGACGGAUAUCCCCACAAAUGUGUCGUAUGAAUCGGUCCUGAGUGUAACUCACAUCCAGACCUUGAUGGAGCUCUCCGGAUGUAUGAAUGGGCAGUUUAAGGAUGCUUGCGAUGACAUGUGUUUCCAUUCAAAGUACCGAUCUUAUACUGGACAAUGCAAUAAUUUUGAGCACCCCACUUGGGGAGUGAGUCAAAUGCCCUUCCGAAGGUUGUUGCCGCCAAUGUAUGAGAACGGAUUCAACACUCCAAUUGGAUGGAAUCCCAAUAAAUUGUAUUUUGGAUACAAAAAACCGAACGCGAGAAGUGUCUCGAAGCAUCUCAUUCGCGCUGAAAGUGUGGAUCGGCAUGCUUUAUACACUGGAAUGUUGAUGCAAUGGGGGCAAUUCUUGGGUAAGGGGACUUUUUUUUGGACAGUAAUUAGGAUAUAAGGAAUUUUUUUGUAACUUUUCAUCAAGCUCCAUUAUGAAUAAUAUGAAGUGAUGUAACGUCUUUUUAGAUCACGAUAUCACCUUCAAAGCGCCGGCGCUAGCUCGACAGACUUAUUCGGGAGGUGCGAUUUGCAAUCGGACUUGUGAGAAUAUCGACCCAUGCUUCAAUAUUCCCCUUCCCGAAGAUGACCCAAGGAGGCAGUAAGUACAAUAUAUAUUUUGGUCGGUAAAAUCGGUCGGGACAGUCGGAUUUGCUUCAAAUUCUAAAUAACUUGUUUGGAAUAGUCUAAAUUUUCACCUUCACGAAUUUUUUAUCGAUUUUUUUGCGCAACGCGGAGUAAACUUCCAAAUUUCCUAAAAAUCAUCUCUUUUUGUCUGAAUCAUUUUUUUUAGACAAUUUUAAAUAUUUAUUGUUGAACUCAAAUAGGAUAGUGUCUAAUUUGUAUUUUUCAGAAAGGAAAAGUUCCCCUGCAUCGAAGUUGAGCGAUCCGCGGCCAUUUGUGGAUCCGGUGAGACCUCCCCAAUCUUCAGACAAGUCACCUUCAGAGAACAAACCAAUAUUGUAAGCAAUACUCUCCAUCAAAUUAUUCUCUCUUUAGAUCACAAGUUUCAUUGAUGCCUCGGGAAUUUAUGGCAGUACCGAAGUGGAUGCUUUGGAUCUCCGCGAUCUGUUCGGAGACCACGGAUUACUGCGAUUUGAUAUUGUUUCCACAAGCCAGAAGCCAUACAUGCCGUUUGAGAAGGACUCUGCAAUGGAAUGCCGGCGAAACGUCUCACGGGAUAAUCCAAUCAGAUGCUUCUUGGCCGGCGAUGGAAGAGCGAAUGAGCAGGUGGGCAUGGAUUACAUAACAGUUCAGAUUUUGUGGAUUUUCAAAAGAAAAUGACCGCAAAUCAUAUUUCUAGGCUUGAAAUAGUUUUCUAACUCUCUUCAGAGGGGCUUUUGGACAUUUAGCAUUUGAAAAUCGGGAUUCCCGCCAUUUUUGGCAUUCUGUUAUAAGCCAAUUUUUGCUCCGAAAUAACCUCAAAAUGACAAAUACGGUAUUUCAACACUUUCUUUGGCUAUUAAUUUAUGGAUAUACCGACUCUUCAUGGAAAAAAUUUAUUAUUCAUGGCAAAUUUUACUAUAAUUUUUCAGAUCGCUCUGACAAGUAUGCACACGAUCUGGUUCCGAGAGCACAAUCGAAUUGCCGGGGAAUUACUCGAAAUGAAUCCGGAUUGGAAUGGAGAGCGGAUCUACCAUGAGGCCAGGAAGAUUAUCGGGGCCAUGUUUCAGCAUAUCACUUACAAUGAUUGGUUGCCAAAAGUGCUGGGAGAGGUGAGUUCAUUGGUGAAUUUGAUUGUAAAAUACGAAUCAGAUUUACUUUAAUUUUUUGCGUUAGGACGGUUUCAAGCGUUAUAUCGGGCCGUAUAUGGGCUAUGAUCCCACCGUGGACCCCCAGGUCACCAAUGAAUUCGCGACUGCCGCCUUCAGAUUUGGCCAUACGCUGAUUAACCCAACUUUUGCAAGGUAAUUUCACUAUUUUUUGUUGAUUUUUAUAUUAUUUUAGGCUAGACUCUGAAUUCAAGACAAUAAAAGAAGGUGAUCUGAAGUUGCCUGACGCCUUCUUUGCCCCAGAACGUCUCAUCUCCCAAGGAGGCAUUGAUCCCUUGCUUCGGGGAUUGUUCGCCCGCCCAAUGAAACAACCAAAUCCAUCAAAAUUGUUGACGGAUGCCUUGACGGAAAGACUGUUUUAUCGAUCGGAGAAUGUGUCCAUGGAUCUCGCUGCCAUUAACAUUCAAAGAGGAAGAGAUCACGGCCUUAGAGGGUAGGUCUACGAUUUAUUUUGACGGGAUUUUUGGCCCAAAGUUUUAAGGAUUGUAUUACACUUGAUUCUUUAUUUUUUGCCCCAAAAAUAAGCAAUUUUUUAUAUUUUGUUAUUUUCAAAAAAAAAAAAUGAAAUACUCUCCAAUCUUAAUUUCUUUUAAUUCUAGAUACUUGGAAUACCGUGAAUUCUGUAAUCUGACCGUCCCCAAGACCUGGGAAGACCUGAUGGUGGAUGUAAAAGACGAAAUGGUCCUUCAGAAACUCAAAGAACUCUAUGGCCAUCCUGGCAAUAUUGAUCUCUGGGUUGGUGGAAUCAUCGAGAAGGUGGUGCCUGGGGCAUUAAUCGGCCCAACUUUUGCCUGCAUCAUCGGUGAAACCUUUAAGGCGAUCAGAGAUGGAGACAGAUUCUGGUAAGAGAGGCCAAUUUAAUGAUGACUUUGAUGUUUAGGUACGAAAAUCCCGGAAUAUUCACACCACUGCAGCUUCAGCAACUCAAAAAAACCACUUUGGCCAAGGCGUUGUGCAAUAAUGGCGAUAAUAUUACACAUGUUCAGGUGAGAAAAAUUUUUAUUUUUUCGGAAUAUUUAUAAACUUUAGAGUCACCAUUGUCUACUGUCAAGUAAAUUACCUAAUUUACGAAUACUUUCAGAAAGAUGUCUUCAAAUAUAUGGGAAUGGACCCCAAAUUUUACGGAAAAUGUGAAGAUCUUCCAGAUGUUGAACUCAAAAUGUGGAUGUCCUGCUGUGAUGAAGCUUGCCAAGCCCGAGAAGACCCGUUAACCGAGUCCAUGAAGAAGUCGCGCAAACGUCGCUCGAGGCAUCUAUACGGCUCUGACGAUCAAUCCGGAGCUGAAUGUGAAUUUGAUGGAAGUCGGAAGAAACACGGCUCCAGAUGGCGUCCUGAUGUCUGCACCGAGUGUGAGUGCAAUCGGGGCAAGGUCUGGUGUCAUACCGAGCCCAAAUGUUUGAAGGAACAGGAAGUAUAA